UGCGUCUGGGCAGGGGACAGGAGGUGACGGUGGCGACGGCGGGGGACUUGUUGGCAACAGCUGCCUGGUGGUGAGCCUGCUGGACAGGAUGCAUGCUCUGGAGGGAACUGUGUCUGCACUGAAGGAACAGCUGGAGGGGGAGAGGCAGAGAGCGGCGGUGGGGUUCAGUGCCUCCCUGGGUCACCAUGGCAAUCUGGGCCCAUUUAACACUGACACUAUUCUGGCUUACAAGAGAGUUCUUACCAACACUGGGGAUGCCUACAAUCCAAGCACAGGUAUCUUCUCUGCUCCAGUGAGAGGGCUGUAUUAUUUCAGCUUCUUUGGUCACAAUCACUCCACCAAGUCCAUGAGUCUCAGCCUGUUCAAGAAUAAGGAGAGGAUGGUGACACUGUAUAACAAUGUCGGGGGUAGUCGCUAUGAGUCCACUUCACAAGGAGUUGACCUGCUGCUGGAGAAAGGAGACCAGGUGUACAUAAAGCUUCGGGAAAACACCUGGGUUCAUGACAACACAGAUUUCAAUGUGAGCAUUUUCACAGGGCAUUUAGUCGUUCCAAUGUGA